UACAAGCUUUUUGCAACCUUGCUAUAUGUUUAUAAUACUCUUUAAAAUCAUUAGUAGAUUUUCUGAAAUAUAAAUUCUUAGGAUAAAAGUUUCAUCCUAGUAUCCCAUAAAAUAUAUAUAUUUUUUAUAAAGUAUACCAGAUAGAGAAAAUGAUAGAGAGAGGACUUACAAUGGGAAACUUGCAAAAUUUUAUUUGCAACACCGGCAAAAUUAAAUGACAUUUAUGAAAAAGACUUCUUUUGAAUGUUUAACCCCAGACGCUACACGACACCUAUAGGUUUAGCGCUUCACUGUUAUUAUAAUAAAUAAUUGGAGAGUUAAUAGCCUAAGAAAGCCACUGGAUAAGGCCUCGGUUUAUUAACCGGAGCUUAAUAACUUAAGGUAACCCAAGAAAAACCAGCAAUAAGACUUAUUUCCAUUUAGCUUAUUUCGUUCUCUUUGCAUGUGUGCCACACAAAACCGUUGGCUAACACCUGGGUCUCUACCAACUGCUAGAUGAAUAUCGGCACCGUCUCCACUCGUCCUCGAGUCGCACUCUGCUCCUUCAGUUGUGAGCCGAAGGCACUAACAUGGAAAUAUGAGCUAGGAGGUGGCCCAGAACAGUUGACUCUAAUACUCGGGUACCUAAUUGCUAUUAGAGGGACAGGGACAUUAAAUGUCAGGACACCUGAUCACCAUAAGUUCAGGCCUACGUGCUGGAGUUCAUCAGAUACAUGGAGAGAGUUCCAGGGUCAACGCCUCCGCGGCCCAGUCUGCGACCAGGCCUCAUGGUGGAUCAGGGCCUGAUCAACCAGGCUGUUACUGCUGGCCGCACGUAAUCCAACGUACGAACCACAUCCCGGCUGGUCAGCUACUGACCAAUCGUAUGCUGGACUAACACAGUAUAACUGGUUUUUUGAAGGAUAUUCUAGUUUAAAUCUACAUAAUUUACUGUCAUUGUAUGGCUAAAACUAUCAGGUGUUUGUUGCAAUGCUUGGCUACCUAACAACUGCUGCCCCUUUUCACCUAGCAGUAAAUAGAUACCUAGGCUUUCUUGAGUUAUUCUGGUUUAUUAGCCUAGAAAUAUUAAUCCCGGUUGUUGGAACUUAUUCGGUCCUAGAAGUCCCAACGGGGGGAAACACACCGUUUGAGGGCCCUUAAACCCAACUAAAACACACACACACACACACACACACACACACGGGGCAGGGAGGAAGAGCACCUAGUAGCAAUCAGCGAAGAGGCGGGGCCAGGAGGUAUGACUCGACCCCUGCAACCACAAAUAGGUGAGUACACACACCCGGGUUGGCGAAGGUGGUUGGAAGGUACUUCUUAAUUGAUAGAUUUACCCUUCAGGGAAGAAGUAGGUAGUUUAUACUGUUAGUACACUAAUAUUAGGAUUAUUGAGGCAACUGUAGAUAAUAAUAAUGUAGACCUAAGACCUUAACGUAGGUAGUAGUAGGCCGAUAAUGUAGGCAAACACUAGGUUAUAUUAGCCAGGGAGAACUGGCAGGCCAAGUUUGAAUACUGGGGCACCGGUCUGAGACCACAGUGCCCUUCUUCUAAGACUAGACACCAUCCGAGCAACAAGUGCCGUGAUCAGCAGGCGGCGCCCCCACGUGUCUUCAUAUACUAGAUCUGGGGAAAUCUGGUGGAGGCACCUCGACGUAACGUAGAUGUCCUCCGUCAGGCCCAUACAGAAUUAGGCCCCCGGUUGCACGUGGUUCUGAGGGGAAGUUCCACAGGGACUAAAGCUUAGGGAGGUUGAAGACCGAGACACAUUCUCUAACACCAAGUCCCCCAGUGCAUGAUGUUCACCUUGGAACCAGAGCUGGAGAACAACACAACAUAUGUGGGAGAAGAGGCAGGUGGCAGCUGUGUGGGCGGUGGUGUGGGUGGUAGUGCUGAUGGGCGGGGCUGACUCCACCUUUAGCAGGAACAGAGGGCGCUAUAGGCCGCCUGCAAAGUGUACCCCUGUGUAUGUCACUAUGUACCAGACACAAACUGUCCAGCAACCCGUGUAUAUGACUGUAUACCGGACGCAGCAGGUCCCCACCACUCUGUACCAGACAGUGUAUAAGACAGUUAACGAAGUGCAGUACUCCACCCGGUACGUGCAGCAGUACGUCACUACCACCGCAUACCGUACCCAGUUCAACACCCAGACCAUCUACUCCACCUCCUACAGCGUCCAGUACGAACCUGUCUAUCUCACUUCUACCAACUAUGUGCCUUCCUAUGUCACCACCACAGAGAUCUCGUACCAGUACGAGACGAAGACGCAGUUCAAAACUCAGUACUCGACGGUGACGCAGCCAAAGUACGUCACAUCGACGAAGUACAGCACAGAGUACAAGACAGAGUACCAAACAAAGUAUCAACCCAGUAUGUGACAGUCACCAGCACUCAGCAGUCGUACAAGACUGAAUGUCCUCAGCAGGGUUAUGGGGCCCCACAGCAGAGCUACGGAGUCCCCCAGCAAGGGCUUCCGUCACCACAAUCUUUCCAUCCCAAGUGUACAAUGUUCCAGUA